UGGGUGUAAUAAAUACCGUAUGCGGAGUAUUUUUUUAAGAAUCUAUUCGUCUUCCCCCAGAGCAUAGUACCUUGCCCAGUUACUCUGGCCAUUCUGAUUUUCACCGGUUUUGGCCAUGAAGGUCAGAAAGGAUCCAAACAAACCGAAGAAGCCUCUAGGUGCUUUCUUCCUUUUCAUGGUGGAUUUCCGGAAGAGUUUUAAAGCUCGGGCAGGUCGGCGUCCGUACGAAUCAGCUAAAGUAGCCUCUCAAGCCGGGGGUGAAAAGUGGAGGAAUAUGUCCGCCGCCGAUAAAGCUCCUUACUUACUCAAGGCUGCUAAACUUAAGACCGAGUACGCGAAGAACAUGCGGGCCUAUUAUAUAAAGCAACGCGGUAAUGGAGAUGCUGAACAGGAACCUAAAACCCCGAAAACUCUCUCUCAAAAGAGCGAUGAUGGCGGAGAAAGUGAAGAAAGAAGAAAGCAAUCCAGUGGAAAUGCUGAAACAUUUCCGGUCGAAAAAGUCACAGGUCAUGUGAACAUGUUCAGCACAUCAGACCUUCUUAUCCGUUUAAAGAAAAUUCUCAGCCCUGAUAAAGGGAAGCCUGAGCAAGCCUCUGAUCCUCACACUGGAAUAGCUUCCAGGAUCCCCAAACCUGUGUUGAUGCCUGAUGCCUCUUCCCUGGUAAAUAAUUCAAAGAGCCUUCCGCCUUCACCAGCCUGUCCACCAUGCCAAGGAAAGAACAAAAGAAACUCACCUUCUUCUCCUAUUGCCUUGUGUGUAACAAAGAAGCCCCGAGUGAACUUGGACAAUGAACAGAACAUUUCAUUAACAAAGGGUACCAUCCAAACUGAAGAAGUGUCAGAGGAUGCUUAUCCUCCGUUUGAUAUGGAAAUACUGGAGAGUGUAUUUUCAGAGAAACUGUGCGAAUCUGUGAUGAUAUAUGCCUUCAAGUGUGUUUGUUGUGUCCUUGAAUUGAAAAAUUAUGCCAACACUUCUGCAAGUGAUGAUCUGAGUGCUGCUAGGAACAGGUUUGAUGUUCUGACUUCCCGAGUCUUGCAAAUGAAGAUCAUUCAAAGAGAUCUUCACAGAAUCAGAAAGUCGAUUAUAAAAGAUUUUCUGGACUCCAAUGAAUUUGCAGAUAUCAAGACUGACUUUACCAAUAAGGCCAUCCAGGAGUUGAGGGCUUCUAAAAUGUUUAAGAAAGAGUUGGAUGUCCAUUUGGAGGAGUUCAAACGUUCCGAUGAGCACAAAAAGGCACUGGUUGAUCAUCUCAAGAGGUACAAAAAAUCUGAAGAUUACAGGAAAGAAUUGGCUAAGCACCUUUUGAUGCAUAAGGAUUCAGAAGAUUACAAGAACGACUUAGCCAAUCACCUGGAAAACUACAAGUGUUCUGAUGAGCACAACAGAGUAUUGGCUGAUUAUCUUGAGAAAUACAAAAAGUCUGAAGCACACCGGAAAGAUUUGGCUAACCAUCUUGUGCUGCAUAAGAAUUCAGAAGAAUACAAGAAAGAGUUAGCUAAUCACCUGGAAAACUACAAAUGUUCUAAUGUGCACACAAAAAUAUUGGAUACCCACAUUCAGGAGUACAAAGCUUCCAAUGAGCACAAAAAGUUACUGGCUGAUCAUCUUGAGACAUACAAAAAGUCUGAGGAUAACAAGAAAGAUUUGACUAAGCACCUUUUGUUGCAUAAGAAUUCAGAAGAAUACAAGAAAGAGCUAGCAAACCAUCUAGAAAAGUACAAGGGCUCUCAAGAGUACAAGAAAGCCUUAGCUGAUCACCUUGAAGAGUACAAAGCUUCUGAUGUGCACAAAAGGGUAUUGGCUGAUCAUCUUCAAGGAUUCAAGAAGUCUGAAGUUUACCAGAAAGAUAUGACUAGAUACUUAACUGAAUGCCUUCUACGGUAUAAGAAUACAGAAGAGUAUAAGAAAGAGUUGGCCAAUCAUCUGGAAAAGUACAAGGGCUCAGAAGAGCACAAGAAAGCCUUUGCUGACCACCUUGAAAAGUACAGAGAUUCUGAAGAUCACAAAAAGGUACUGGGUGAUCAUCUUGAGCGAUACAAAAGGUCUGAGGAUUACAAGAAAGAUUUGACUAACCAUCUUGUGCUGCAUCAGAACUCAGAAGAAUACAAGAAAGAGCUAGCAAAUCAUCUGGAGAAGUACAAGGGCUCCCGAGAGCACAAGAAAGCUUUAGCUGACCACCUUGAAGGGUACAAAACUUCCAGUCUGCACAAAAAAUUACUGGCUGAUCAUCUUGAGAGAUAUAAAAGUUCUAAUGCUUACAAGAAUGAUUUAAAUAAGCACCUUUUGCUGCAUAAGGAUUCAGAAGAGUACAAGAAAGAUCUGGCAAAUUACCUUGAAAAGUAUAAGGGGUCCAAAGCGCACAAGAAAGACCUAACUGAUUAUCUUGAGAAGUACAAGAAAUCUGAGGAGUACCAAAAGGCCUUGGUUGAUCAUGAAAAUACAUUUUUACAUACAAAACGAUGCAAAGAUAUUGUUGCCGAGGAAGUGGUACGGUCGUUCAUGCAAGGAGUGUCAACUGCUCAAUGCCGGAUCUAUGAUGCUCUUCGCAAACGCUUUCCAGACUUUGAUACUUCUUCCUGGGGUCUUCCAAUAAAAAUUGAAGACCCGACAGGAGAUCCUCCUCCGCGCAGCCUUGUUGAUGAGAUUCUCCCUGCACAUCCUGCUGUUAACAAUCUCGUGAAGUAUUGAAUUCACAAGAAUGUCUUCAAUCCUAGCAAAACAAGAGUGAUGCUGACGUGACUAGCAACUUUGUGACACCUUCAAGAUGACUUGAAUAAAUGCAGUAAUGUUAAUCUUAAUUUCGGAAAGUUACUGAAUUACCCCAUCUUUAUUUUUGGGAAUUUUUGUGGUGGUAGCACUAUAGGCAGGUUUGUAUGUGAUUUGAUCUCUCUAAGAUGACAGUAUUAACAGCAUUAAUACUAUAAAACAUUAUCUGAUCUUUUAAUUUAUUUUUCCUUGUACUUAA